AUGACGAAAUCGUCGGGUGGCAACAUCAAGAUAUUGAGGUUUAACCAGGAGUUAUUCCUGAAGUCGCCUCAUGCCCCCAAGUGGGCUUCAUUCUUCACAGAUCUGAUCAACAAGGGCUACGAUUAUAACAAACGAUAUGGUGUUAUUGAAUCCACGCGGAUCAAGGACUCUUCAGUCUUCAUGACAGACCUUGGACUGCACAAGCCCGAGUCCUUUAUGCUUCUGCUGGUCUAUGAAGGAGACAGAUCAUCCAUUGAUGAAUCGCUUAGAACCACAAGUAAACAGAUCCCAAUUGAGAACGUUAAUAUGGAGGUUGAGCCCCCUAUCAACGAAGAUAGCGUGCUAGGCACAAUCGGAGGGAAGCUACACGAGGACCCAGAGCUCGGCACAGGAUGGGAGCUCACCGGCGUAGUAUCGUUCUACAGGGGAGUCGGACGAGUUCUCAUAGAGAGAAUCACAUCGUUGGCAAAGGAACAGGGCAAAUCGCACCUGUUCUGUACCGUUAUCUACGAACAUGGCUUGUUAGAUUACUAUUCCAAGUUUGGAUUCGUCGAGUGCCAACGCCGCCUAUUACAAACCAUCGACACUGAAACAGGCAUGGUCCAAGGUGGUGACCUAGAAGAUGGCAUAUGCGCAUUGAGAGACUUCCACAUAGCUUUUCUAAGCAAACGCCUAUAG